AUCACCAACACAUGCAUACUGACAAAAUAAAUAUACAAUUAAACGUCAAUUAAAUCAAUGAUGACCGAAAAAUAUACAUCGGAGCUAUUAGGUAUUGUUAUAGCUCAAAUAGCUCAAACAAUUGGAUAUAGCAGGACUCAGAGUGCCCCUCUGGAAUUGCUAGAGGACAUUUUACAAAGAUUUAUCCAAGAACUCGCCCGCGAUUUACAUAGCCAAGCCGAGCACGCUAACCGCGUCGAGCCCAAUCUAAAGGAUGCAUUUCUCAGCUUAAGGAACCUUAACAUAAACGUUCACGAAUUGCUUGACUAUAUUGGAAAUGUUGAGCCAAUCCCAUUUGUACGGGAAGUGCCAGCAUACCCCGUCAAAAGAAGCUCCAAUAUGAAUUUCCUAAAGCCGGGCAGUGCGGAGACUCUGACGCGACCAGUCCACAUAUUCGAGUACCUGCCUCCGAUGUUGCCCACAGAACCAACUGCAGGCACCUCCACAAGAUGGCCUGACAAAGCGUCUGACCAGCAACAUCUUCAACUAUGCAAACUGGAGUCAAGCCGAGAGGUUGUACUCACAUUUAGCCAUAAAACUGCGGUCAAGUUAUUGCAAGAUGUUAAACCAGACUUUGUCGCUGCUGGCAUACAAAAAUGGAGCAGCCAAAACGAUCCAGCAGUGAUCGCAUCAACAUCUAGGGACAACUUGGAUCACGAUGGUCACGCGUUACGAGAAAUAAGCAGCGUAGUUAUGACAACCGGAGGGUUUAUUUCGCCAGCAAUAGAGGGAAAAUUGCCGGAAGCCUACGUGCCUGAUAUUAUUGAUAAAUUCAAAGGACUGGAUGCGCCAUCAAUUUCGCCUCCAGCACCUAAAACACCGGAAAACCAAAAAUAUUCCUCCAACGAUAUCGUUGACGUGCCAGUUAUAAAAAGAAUGGCCUCUCUCGAGGCAACGCCACAUUCUGUAGAGAAUGCGCCCAUUUUUAUUGAUCGAAUGACACCAAAUAGCUUGCAGGAAGUCAACACUGUUUUGAAAGCUGAUGCUACAUCGGUUCCUGCAACAUCAAACAUCAAAGCGAAAAAGAACAAAAAGAAAAAUUUGGUGGGCGGUCGGCCAAAUGAUCAAACAGCAGAUCUAAGUUCAAUAAAGGCACAGGAGAAGGCUCAACGAAAAGCUUUAAAAAUCUAUCACAAGUUGUCCAAGAAUCAGGCUGACGGCGGCGGCAACAUAAUAGAACUAAAAAAAUCGAUGAAAAAUUUAAAUCGUGGCAUGUUGUCGGCCUUGCCGGACGGCUCAACCGAGAGGCUGCAGCUAGAAAAAUUAAUAAGAAAGCAAACAAAGCAACGUCAAAAGCACCUAAAGAGCCAAAAGCAACAGCAGCAAUUUCCACCGAUGUCCAAGUUAGCCAAAGGUGCAAUCAAUCCCAUAGCGUUGGCUGCCGAAUCCAAUGCAGAUCUUGAGCCAACUUUGGUACCCUUCGCACACCCAUUGGCAGCCGGUACGGCAAUAGCCGAAAAUGUUGUUGGUUUGGUCGAAAAUAAAGAAAUAUUUCAAACCAAUUUGUCACUAACCCCUGCGAGCAGCAUUGUGGAUGCUUCGCUGUCCGAGGAAAUUAAACUGGCAAGCGAACCGGACCGAAAUAAAUUGAAUAUUUUUAAAAAAAUAUCCAAACAAAAGGCGCCCAAACCAGUAUCGCCAAACCAACUAAAUAUUGGCACAAAUCUCUUCGGGAGUCCCAGUAGCAACGUAUCGCCAUUGAUAACGCUACCAUCCGGAACAACCAUAACGCCAGCUCCACCGGCUGGCGCCACCGAAAAUGUAAAUAUGCCUCUGCACAGUCUGGGCAUGUCAGUGGGUAAUAGUAUGGCCACAUACGAUUAUAUGCAGCCUUUUGGACACUUAUCAACUGUGUCUCCAACGACUGCCAAUCUUGUGGGCAUCGAUAUGAAUAAGCCGAAAAAACGCGGUCGUAAGCCAGGUGGCAAAAAUCAAGCCAGAUCACUCGUACCACCAACUGGCCUCGCACCAAUACCUAUGCAAUCGCCAAAGAAAACGAAGGACACAAAAUUAAAUGCAUAUAUCACAGCGGACCCAGUGUCUAUAAUUGACAAUUCAGCAACUUUAGCCUUACCAAUGGAACCGCUAAAUUUGAGCAACGUCGAUCAAUUGAAGGGCGGAAAUUUUUCAGGAUUUCUCGAUGUCAGCGCUGGAAAUGCAGCCGUUGAGCCUAAUACUGGCGCACUCAGUGAGACGAGCCUGAAAUUUCAGAAGGUCAAAGAGAAAAAGGAUAGAAAAAAGAGUAAAGCAAAAUAUAUUAAUUUGGACACCAAUAUUGUGGACAGCAAAAAGCUCGGUUUAAUGGAUACAGAGAAGCAGAUAUCGAAAAAUGCCACAUUUCCAGCGAAGCUGGAAAUCGGUGACAGUAACAACAUACAAAUUCCAUUAGAUAAGUUGCCUGGAGGUACUAAAAACAGAGUUCUCGACGUAUCCCCGCCGUUAAUGGGUUAUAGUAAUAGGCUUGUGGCCAACGCGGGACCAUCAAGUUUCCCCCCAAAUUCAGCAGCAUUGCAUCCAAAUAGCCAAGCAAGUAUGAUGCCAAUCCUGCCGCUGCUGCAUUUUCCGCCACGUCCUGGCCUUAUACCAUCUGGACCUGGUCUCUUUGCACCAAACUUAACCGGUUUCAAUAAAACGGUUGCUUGUAAUACAGGCUCCAACAUGAUGAUGCCAAACCCAUUUAUGCCAUUUCCUAGUCGGUCCAAACCAUCGCUCAUUGAAACGACGACGGCGACUGAUAAUAAAGCGGCACUUUUGGGUCUUUUGCCGCUUUCGGAUAUCCACUUGGAGCGCAGCUAUUGCAAUGUAGCUCCUUUGGUGCCAGAUUCGAUGAAAUUGUCAAAUCAGCAGCAAUUUGCACCCAAUAAACUACGAUCACCACAUGGUUUUGCGUCCGAUGCGAAGCAAAGCCAUGAAUACAGUGAAAAGGACAUAAGUCACACUUCGCCCAUUUCGAAUGUAAUGCCUGUCGCCAAAGGAGUCGGACUAUUGGGCAUAGCGGAUGAAGCACAGACUAACAAAAUUGAUAGAUCUAUUAAAGCCAUCAAGUCUGCAGCAGCCGCUACGGGUAACGUUGGAGACCCAAUCGAAGUAUCAGAUGACUCGAACGAUGACGAAUCCAAGGCAAUAAAAAAGAAUCAACAAAUUCCCGACUACCCACAAGCACAUGCUCUCAAAUCAGGCUUAAUUCAGCCAUCGAAUCUAUUAAAUUCUGGACCAAUGCAGCACCUUGAAAGCUCUCAUCUAUAUGCUAUGAACGCAUCUGCCUUGCAUUCCCCAAUACCUGACGGUAUACUGUUCAAUAAACAAGCUAAGCCGGCAGCCUUGAAAGUUACACAACCCGAGAAUAAUUUAUCGGCCGCCAAUCCGACACCAUUCAACAUAAAUUUUAUGGGCAAUGAUAAAUUUAGCCUAGCUGGCGGCGCCGAUCUGAUACCUUUGUCACGCGUCGAUAGUGGCAUGGCGUACUCAUCUUUAACCGUGCCAGCUACAAGUUUGGCGGCCGGUGCAACAUCUGGAUCAAUGCCGAUUCAUGCGGCUUCUGAUGCCCCCGAGCACCACUUUGUUGGCUCUCUGAAUUAUGACGAUGUCACAAUAACCCCAACGAAUAGUUUGUCGAUAAGUGAACAACUGAAAGUACGUAAACUGCACAAGAAACUUAAAAAACCGAAAGAGGGCAAAAUGAAAAGGAAGAAAGAUAAAAAAGACAAAGUCAGAAAUAAAGUAAAAUGCGACGAGAGGAAUAUGCUGAAUGUCGAUAAACCCAAAAGUCAAGACAAGAAGCAGAAAAGGGAUAAAAAAAAGGAAAAACAGGUGCCGCCAGACGAAUUGCAGAUUCCCAAAGAAAAUCUGGAAAGCGGUAUUCAUCAUACAAAAACCAUGGCUUUAGGCGUCCCACCUGGAGACUCUUUGCCAGCAACUGUGUCCCAAACACCUGUGACACAUCAUUUGGUGUCACCCAAGUUAGAUCUGUCACCUAACCAGGUGCCGAAGCUGACACUUAAGCUUAGUGGCACGCCCACUCAAUCGUUAUAUGAGGGCGAUCGUGAGAUAUCAACAAUAUCUGAUUUGACGCCUCAGACUCCCAAUCGGACUAAAAGGGAACAUUCUCCAGAAUUAGCUCGCUUCUCACCACUUGUCACUAGACCCCCAAAGCCCAAGCAAUGCGAAUCACAAACCUUGAACUUACCUAUGGCUACAUCUGCUUUGGUUUCUGUGCCCAAUACUAGUAAAACACAGACAAUGCCAGCCAUGAUGUCGCUGCCGAAUACACAGGCCCCAAUCUUAAGUGCAACUUCACCCAGUUGGAUGUCGAAUCCUUCUUCUACAUCCACAAUAUCAGCUAGUUCUGUUUUGUUGCCACAACAGUUACUGCAUCCAUCCAAACAGAUCCCAAAAAUGCCAUCGUUGUCUGCCUCUUUGUCCACAACUAUUCCCAGUGUGGCGGCAUCAAGUAGUUCACCAAAACAACCUGAAGGAUCUCAGACAUUGCCUCCAAAUUUGGAAUUAAAUCGACCCUCAUCGUAUGUUGAUGCCGACGGCUAUCGUAUUUGGAUUUGCCCCGCAUGUGGAAAAGUUGAUGACGGCUCUGCAAUGAUCGGAUGCGAUGGCUGCGAUGCAUGGUACCAUUGGACUUGUGUGGGUAUACUUGUUGCUCCAAAUGACAAUGAGGAUUGGUUUUGUCGAGUUUGCAUAACCAAAAAAAAGGUAAAUGGAUCAGAUAAGAAAAAAAAGCGAACCAAAAAGAAAUGAGUUUUUACUUCAUAAAGUCAAUAAAUUAUCACCAGCUUGUUUGAA